AUGAUGCGCUCCAGCCCAUCAUCAAACGAUGAAGGUCCUGAGACAAGUUAUCAUAUCGAUGAGAGCUUAAGGCCAGGUCAUAGAGUCAGUAGUGCCUGCGACUCAUGUCGAAGAAGGAAGACAAAAUGUAGCGGUCAAAACCCUUGUGCGUAUUGUGCUGUCCACAAUCUACCAUGUGCUUAUACUUAUGUGAGGAAAAAAAGAACCAAAUACAAAAAAACCACUAAGAUAAUGGAUGCAUCAGCUUUGGAGGUUCAGAUUGAAGUUUUGACCUCUAGAAUUGGUGUGUUGGAGAACCAGAUAUAUAACCUAAAUACCAAGUUUGAUUCCGUGACAAAAAUGAAUGAGCUCUUAUUGGAGAAGUUGCUGAAAACACAAGAUUCAACUAAGAACAUCUUACCGCUCAUAAGGUCGCAGUCAAACACUCAUAAUAUUCAUAAUAAUAAUCGCAAUCACAAUUACAAUCAUAAUCAUAAUCAUAAUCAUAAUCCUAACCAUAACCAGAAUAAUGAUAACAAUAACAAUAAUAUUAAUAAAGCGCCUGUCACAAAUCGGGGAUACGACCCUAUGAAAAUAUCACAAUUAGUUCAAAGAGAUAGCACUAUUGAUAAAAAAACAAGAAAAGAGAUCGUUGAUGAGUUUUUAGAUCUCAUCUCAUCAUCAAGUUCGGUCACGAUUUUUUCACAACCAUCAUUAAAAUCAAUUAAGAGGCUUAGUGGCAAGAAUUUUGAGAUUUUUGAACCGGUUGUUAAAGACCAUGCAAAGAUUAUUAAGAAAAUUACACGUUUUCUUAAGAUAGAUUUUAAUCAAAGCAGUUGUCAUUUGACCUACUUACUAGAAAGAAGACAGAUUAUUUGCAAUCUUAUCCAGGUGUUCUUGGAUCUUAAUGUUGACAGCAUGAUGUUUUCAGGUAAAAAAGGUGGUUUAUCAAUUAUCAAGGGUAUAUUAGAAAAAUGGAAAUCAUCUUCUAUUGCAACUCCUCCGGACCUCACAAACUCCGAGCACUUGAUUCUCUGUGCGAUUGUUUGUCUUGGAUGCAGUUACAUGGAUUUGACAAUAACUGGUAAUGGCAACAGCUCUCAAUCUUAUAGUCCGAUGCCCGCUUCGAUAACUCAGAGUAUACUAUCUUCUGUCAACGAUCCGCAACUUAAUAUUGCCGAACUAGAGCGUGUUGCAAUGAAGGACUGCUUUUUUUACUUUCAUAAGCUCAUCAAAUUUAAUGAAGGUCCAUCAACCAUAUUUGGCAUCUUGUUAUUGUGCUUUUACUUGAGGUCCACGGUUUUCUUCAGGUGCAAUUAUUUGAUCUUGAGUGUUGCUUGCAAGCAUAUUAAAUCACUAGGAUAUGAUAAGUUUAGUAUCGCCUCUUGUAGUCCUGACAUUGAUGAAGAUAUUUUGGUGAUAAAAAUGCUAUGGUUCAAGUGUUAUAUAUAUGAUAAGGAUAUCUCUUUUUCGGUGGAAAAAUCUCCAAUGAUGAAAGAUGACGAACUCACGGAUUAUGAUUUUUUCAAUUUUACCAAGAUCAUUAUUGCGAAGUUCCUUCAAAAUAGAAAUAAGGAAAUGAAUGAGGAUUAUUCUGCGUUACUGCAAAUUAAUUUCAAUCAAGAUAAUUCCAUUGUUAAUAGAAGGGCUUUCUUUAAUGUUUUGCAUAAAUUUGCAACUUAUAGCUCCUUUGGGUUUGGACUUUUGGUCAAUUACUUUUCGUUCACGCUAGUAAAACUUUUAAGCAAAUAUUCUAAAGAAUUCUACCGCAACAGUGUUUUGAAUAACAUGGAAGGAUAUUCCGAUACGUCUUUGGCUAAUGAUGAGGACUUUUUGGGAUCAUUCUUCAGGGCUUUAGACGUUGUCAACCAAUUGAAUAUAGAACUCAAGGCUUGGGAGGAGUCGCUACCUGAAAAUGUUCGCCCUAAUUCUGGAAUGGAUAUUUCAUUAUACAAAGUGUUGGGUGAUUAUCAUGAUGAGAAUUUUGAUCACGAAAACAAGAGAAGAAAAAUCAAUAAUGAUCAGAAGAAAACUGAAAGUGGCAGAUAUUUAUAUCCUGAUUCUUUCUCAUACCGUACAGAAUUGAUUAGAACUAACGUUGCUUUUCUAUUGAUGACCCAGUUUACUUAUUACUACCACGUCAUGAAGGCAAACAGGCUUGCCCAUAAAGCUUGCUACUUAUUAUACAGACGCAUUGAUAAACAUAGUAGCACGACCUCUGAGUUCGAGCAAAAAAGAAUUAGACACGCAUUCCGCUCAAGAAUGGAAACUUUUGAAAAUAGUUACCUUACCGCCGCCAAAAGCAUUUUGAUUCUAUCAUUCUCGAUAUUCAAGUAUAAUCCUCGUGUGAUCUAUUGGGGGGCUAAUUUCAUUUUCUGUGCUUUUUUUGUGAUCUUCCUCCAUAGCGUGGGGAGAUUCUCUAUCGAUGACCCAAUUCCGUGUUGCGUUAACACCAAUGAGAAUUGUCUUUAUGAAUUGCAUCUUUUGAUUGAUUGUUAUUUGUGCUGUUUGUCAAAACCAGUGUUUGUGAUUCGUCACAUUGAUAGCAAUUUUGUCGAACGUUCUGGAAGAAGAAUGGUUUUAUUAUGUUUGGAAAACUUGAAAGAAAAAACAACAUAUAACUAUGAUACUGACUACAAGGUUGCUCAAUUUUUGUCGGUAAUCAAAGCCGCCAAUGAAAAGGACAAUGCCUUUCCACCAUCUGCCAAUACCAGUGUGGACGGUAAUAACGAUUAUCUUCAUCCAUCAAACGGCGUGUCAAAUGCCCUGGCUAGAGAUAUUAAUGCAUUUGAUGGGGGCCUCAAUACUCAAGCUUUUAAUAAUUCAUCAACCAUAAAAGACAACAGCAAGAGUUUCUUGGGGGGUUUCGAUAACGUUCCAAUGAAUGGGCUUAAUAAAGAUGCCAGUAGUAUUUUGUUCAUGGACCCCUCUUUUUCAGCUCCCCUGAAGGAUUUCCGUGAGCACUCCGUCGCGCCAGCGUUUUUCUCACCGAACGUACAAGAUGGUAAUAAUAACGAUAAUAAACUGGCGAAUAAUUUCCUCGUUAAUGAAACUAACGGUGAUGUUCGAUACGGUGGUGGGUGUGAAAGUGAUGAUAGAUUGACGUGCGACAAUAUAUUUUUAGACUUGAACGAUCUUGAUCCUUUUUCUAUGAAUGGGUCGCUUUUCCAUGAUGAUACUCAGAAGUUCGCUGCCCUGAACUUUUAA